UUCUCACACUCUAGAAGAAGGAUUGGUCUAGCCAUUGUUUGUUCCACACUCUCUCCCUCUCUCUCCAAAAAUGGAUGAUAACAAAGACAUCCAUGGUGAUAAACAAGAAGAAACAGAGGAAGCAGAGGCACUCUCUCUGAGUGAUUUUCCAAUAACCACCACUGAUGAUCAAUCUCACUCUAACGAUAGCAUCUCCAUCUCCAAAUCCAAGUAUGAAGAUCGCAGAUCAUCCUCUGAACCUACCGAUUUCUUCGAAUUCUUCAAUAAUCUCACCUCCGAAAUGUCUCACGCCGAAGACAUCAUCUUCUGCGGCAAACUCAUUCCCUUCAAACAACAACAACAACAACAACAACAAUCUCUCUCCAAUAAUCAAUUUCAAAUCCACCACAACAACAACAACAACAACACAGAUCAUCAUCAUAAUCUGAAGAACACCUUUCACCGCCGCAGAUCUGAAUCACUAUCCGACUUGAAAUCCUCUCAAUCUCCUCCUCCUCCAAUUCGCAACAAUCGCUCUUUCUCUCUGGAUUACGAAAAGUUACGCCGAGAUUUCAGCAAUAACUCCGAAAUUCACCGAAAUUCGUCUCUCAGGAGCUCUGUGAGGUCCGAUAAUUCGGGCCAGAAAGUUCCGAAACCUCGCUGGUAUCUUCUGAUGUUCGGACUCGCAAAGUUUCCGCCGGAGAUGGAGCUCAAGGACAUCAAGAACCGCCAAGUUCGCCGCUCUCCGGCCACUCUGUUUCCGGUGUGUGACGGCGGAAAGAAGUUUCCGGUUAAUCGGAGCCACCACCGGAAAAGCUCGUGGAGUCUGCUUAGGAUAUUGAGUUGCAAAGGCCAUGCUAGUGUUGCUGUAACGGCGUCGUUUGGGUGCAUGCCAUAGACGUGCAAGGGACACAAAAUGGAAUUUAAAAAUACAUUAAAUACAGAAAAAUUAUUAUUAAUAGAAUUUUACGAGAUUAAUUGAAAAGGAGAUAUACAAUUAAAGGGUUCACGUAGAAGGGAAGAUAGUGUACAGUGGCAGCACAAGGUCGAUGAUGGUGUCUUCUCACACUUGAUGAGAGAGAAGAUGUUUUGUCUUAGUGGAAUGGCAAUGAUAUAUAUAUAUAUAGAUAUUUCCCAUAUUUGGAUUUUCUUUUUGUUUAUUCUUGAAAGUUGGUGGACGAUGAUUUAUAUGCAAUCUAUAUGAUAUGUAGCAUCGGUACAUGUUUAGAAUUGAAAAUUGACAAAAUUAUACCUUCUUA